UUACACCUCGAACGUCGAGUUCGAGUGUUUACAAAUACGAAUUCACCUGUCAGCAAUUCACUCGUCUAUUAGUUGCCGAGUUCAUGAGUGAGUUAGCGGUUGUGGAACAAAUUUGAUACAAAUUUUAUAUAUUUUUUUACUAAAAUGGCGCGAUAUUUUAUAUUAAAUGCUAUAAUACGAGAAGCAAAUGCUGUGGAUAUAAUAGAAACUCGCCGUCAAAGUACCAGCAUUCGGGAAAUGCAAAUUAUUAAUCGAAAUAAAAAUUUUGUUGAAUGCUACCGUUUAUCGGAAGAACUAGUUUCUCAAGUGAUGGAAGACAUUAAAGUUUUAGUUAAAAAACCUCAACGUCGACGAAGAGGAUUAACUGCUAGAGUCAAGUUGUUAUGCGCACUUUCUUUCUUUGCGACUGGGAGCUAUCAAAGGAUAUGUGGAAAACACAUAAAUUCGUUUGUGUCGCAGCCAUCAGCAUCGCGUAGUAUCCACGAGGUCAUAGAAGCCCUAAGCCAUCCAAGUAUAUUAAAAAAAUACAUAAGAUUUCCCCAAAAUUCUGAAGAAAGACUGAGACUCAAAACAAGAUUCUAUGAGAAAUUCAGUAUUCCUGGGGUAAUAGGAUGUGUAGAUGGGACUUUUGUGACAAUGGUGAGACCAACUUGCCAUGAAGAACGAUACUACUGUCGCAAAGGAUAUCACGCAAGAAAUGUACAAAUGUUCACAGAUGCAGAUUUGAACAUAAUACAUGUAGAUGCAACAUAUGGCGGAGCGACUCACGACAGCCUUAUUUUUAAUAAUUGCAUCAUUCGGGACCACCUCGAACAAUUAGUACAAACAGGCGAAUCUGUGUACUUGUUAGGUGAUUCUGGGUAUCCGCAGCGUCAGUACCUAAUGGUGCCAGUUCCAAAUGCAGACGAGGGAACACCAGAACAUCACUAUAACCAGCUGCAUGCUACUGCAAGAAACACCGUAGAAAGAACAAUAGGGGUCCUUAAAGCCAGAUUUAGAUGCCUAUUAGCACAUAGAGUCCUACAUUAUGACCCCGACACGGUUUCGAAGAUUGUAAUAGCAUGUUGCGUGCUUCACAAUAUUUGUAAUCGUGCCGGCCUGCCAGCUCCAGCCAUACUCAAUUCAGAGCUAGAGGUUGAGGCUGGUUUUCAUAGGACUAGACAAAGUGUAGCUUCAAAUGAGGAUGUACCCAAUGAAACUGCACUUGGUCAGCUAUGUAGACAAAGAUUGAUAAAUGAAUUAUGGAGGGCAAGGAACACGCGGGAAUUAUAAUUAAUUCAAACAAAAAUCAAUGCAAAUUAUUUAUUCCGGAAAAUUAUAUUCAUAGGUGUUAGUAACUCAAUUAGGGCUUAUAAACUAAUGUUAGUAAAUUAAGAAACUAUACUUAAGUAAAACCACAGAUAAUUUUUUACUACUAAAAUAAGUUAAGAACUAAUAAAUGUAUUUAAGUAUAAAAGUAUUUUAUUUUUUUAAAUUUUCAGCUAAUAAUUUAAGACCUUCCCCGACGG